AUGGCAGCCGUGCGGAAGCUCUUCUGCGUCCUCGUCGUCUUCCUCCUCCUCUCCCUGACGGUGCUCGCAGAGGAGUCCAGCACCGUCGCUGGAGGCGUUAGUUCCUAUCUCUCUACUGCUUGCCGUCGCCGGAGAAGAUUGCCGGAGAGGCGAUGAGACUGAGUGUUUCUUCUUUGUUGCAGGUCCCCGGCGGUGCAAAUCGGUUCCCCCGGCAGAAGAUAGGUACGUCAAUUGAACACAGAAUCUCCAUGUUUCUGUUUUUCUUCUUAGCGAGUGGGGAAGUAUAUUGGAUGAAGAAGGGAUGGAGGGAUGGAGUGGAUUUCUGAUUGUGUGUGUGUGGGGGGGGGGGCGCAGACUGCGGGUUCGCGUGUGCGCGGCGGUGCUCGAAGACAUCGAGGAGGAACAUGUGCUUGCGGUCGUGCGGGGGAUGCUGCCGCAAGUGCCAGUGCGUACCGCCGGGGACCGCCGGCAACAAGGAGUUUUGCCCCUGCUAUGCCAGCAUCCGCACCCGGGACGGUCUCAGGCCCAAGUGCCCAUGA